CCUUUCCUGGGCACAGAGAUGCUCCAGGCCCUUCAGCAUUUUUGUCAUCCUCCAUUGGACCCAUUUUGGGUGCUUCAGGUCUCUGUUGUUCUGAACAGCCCAAAACUAGACAAGGGGAGGCUCAUCCCUCCUCUGCUGAGGAGAGCCCAUGGCACCCCAUGGUUGGGAUGCCCACUUUGAUUUCUUCUUCUGCAAACAGACCAGCAAGUCCUCCCAGUAACAUGUAACCUGAUGCAUUUGAUGAAGACAGCAUGGAUAGUCUCAGGAAUGGUUCAGAUCCUGGAUCCUACAAGGCCCUGAGGAAUCUGGUCCAAUGCCAGUCACCCUAAAAUAUAGAUGUCUUUCAGCACCCAAGUGCUGCAGCCUCCAGAGGCUUCAGGGCAAAGCCCAGGUUUGUGAGGGAUCACUUAAUCUCCUGGAGGUCUCUGGCAAGCAAACAAAAUCAACCAAAAAGAAACAGCAAAGCCUGUUCUCUUAGGUGAGCAGAGAUGUGUUUGGUUGUUCAAAGGCUUCUGAUAAGGUGACUGAGAUUAAAGAACAAACAAAAGUACGAUUAGGGCCAAAGUCCCCAACUCCAGCCAAAACCAUACAGCCAGAGCAACAGCAUACUCCUUGCCUAAAUCCAUGCUUAUCCAGCUGCUCCUCAGCCUUCCCAGCCAAGAGGAGCUCUGCCCAGUGCUGGCACAGCCCCUGCCUUGUCUCUGGGAGAAGGUACCCAGGACAGUGAGGUCCCACACAGCCCAGCAGCCACAGCACCGAUCCUGCACUCAGCUCCCACCACGCUUUGCUCCCAAAUUCCCAGCUGGAUGAAUUUUCUCCCUGAGCAUCCUUUCUGAGAGCUGGGCAUGGCCACUGCAGGGCAGGCUCAGUGUCCAGGAGAGCUGCUGGAAUGAAUGGGAAAUGGGCAUGCCUUGCUCUCCCUGCUAAGUGUAAAAUUAACUUGAGAUCAAUUUAGGUGGGUACUGAUGGAGCACGGCUGCCCAGCAGCGGAAGGGGAGGCCCACGGGCUGAUAGAUUGGAGAACGACUCGGAGAGCAAACUUGCACGUUGCUGAUAAGGCAGAGUGCUGGAUACCCCAGAGAGAGUCAUCCAGAAAUUAUCAUGGGUCAGUCAAGGAACAGGUCUGUCUGGAAACUGGUCAGAAAAGCAAACAGAAAAAGCUGCACAAAGGGUUUGCUGGCAGCGAGGGGACAGCUCGUCCUUCUCUCAAGAUUCUCUCCAUUGGGAGUUUUGUGGGAAUAACUUCAGACCCAGGAAACUGGAGUGUCCCAGACCUCAGCUUCCCAAUCUGUGCCUGCAUCUGGGGCUGCCAGCUGACUCCUGCUGGGAGGGCACACAUAGUCUUCAUGUCUUUUCAUCCCCCCUUUAAGAUCCAGCAAGCUCCAGGCUGCCAGGGCACAAAUGACAAAGUGACCACAUGUUGGCAGAAAACGAUGGAGAUAAAUCCUUGUUUAAGCAAAGUGCACAUGCAAACACACAAACACAACAUAAAUAGAAAAAUUAAAGAAUUAAAUACGAGGGAAAAACAUGUGUAAGCAGUGUGAGCAGGGUCCUUGUGGUCAUCCGCUGGGAGGAAUGGAACCCAGCCCCACAUCAGGCAUUAACUCCCUGUUUUAUCCCUGUGGCAACAACCUCCUUCCAGCUCCUCAGACUUUGACUACCUGCAGGAGGCAAAGGGACAAGUGUGGAGCCAGGAGACUCUGGGCUUGGGCACUGGGACUUCCACUGGAUGCUGCCCUGUGGAAGGGUUCCUCAUCUCCUUGUACCAACCAAGGUUCUUUGGAGUCUGCCCCACCGUCACAGCACUGCCUAGAGGUCUUCCAGGCCCCUCUAACACAAGCUCAUGAGUAGCACUUUGACUCCUGGACCUUCCCAGGAUAAUUUUAACCCUGAAUAUAACUUUUCUAUAUCAUUCCAGUUUACCUGCUCCAGCUAACGGGUUCACGUAAGCAGCAUUGACUCCUUCUGAGAUUUUUGUUUAUUUUGCAGAUGUUCUGCUUUGACUUCAGAAGCAAGGAGCCAUUUCCAGCAGGAGCUCCAUCACUCUCCACACCCUGCUAAAGAAACUUCUGCCACUCCAGACCCAGGAAAUACCCAGAUACUGCCCCAGUUGGCAAAGCCCUGCAGCAGUUUCAUCUUCCCCAGGAUCCCAGACUCUGCUCCUAACAAAAACACCUCCCUGGCUGCCUGAACCCUCUGGGCUGCAGCUGCCUCCCUUUGCCAACACACACAAGGAUGAUCAGGCUCCUCCUUAGCCAAGGAAUUGUCCCAGGGAGGAGCAGUGGCUUUUCUCCUGCUCCUCAUUUCUGCAGCACUUUGCUUCCAUCCAAGCUCUCUCAGGAGAACAAAGCUCCCCUGCUCCUGCCCAGAAGGUCCUUGCUGGCUCUUCACACCUCGGGGCACAGCAGGGAGCGUUGUUGAUGGCAAACAGAAUCUGCCUUCAGCAAGUCCAAACAAAAACCCCCACACAGCUCUCUGCUGGGCUGUUCUGCUGGAGUGAUCCACAUACAGUAGAAAAGGAAUAAGCUGAUUAAAAUAAAGGAUGAAGGGAGGCAGAUGGCUGACUGAGGUUACUCAAGCCCUCACAAACCCUAGGGCUCUUCUUUGCACCACCCAUUUCUCUGGCAAUUGGUCCAGCCCAGGUUUGGAAAUCUGGCUCACAGGUCUGCUCUCCUCCUCACUGGAGGGGCAACCACAUUCCCAGGCCUCCUUUCCUCUUUGCCAGAGAGACACCUUCCCAUGUGCUCCUCUUCGCCUCCACCCCAGGCACAACUGCACCAGAGAUUGCUGCUCUCCAGGAGCAGCAUGUCCAGCAAUUCUGGGAAAAACUCACCAGCAGCUGCUCUAGGCAUGGACAGGCCAAGCAGGAAAUCCAUUGCACGAGAGUGGCAAGGUCCUGUGGGUCUUGAGGCCAUGUCCUUGCUCACCAUCCUGCACAGGGAUGGGGCAGGACGGAACUGGAGCCUCUGGGGCCCCUCAACUGCCUUUUGCUGAGAUCAGCAGUGAACGAGCUGCCACCUAAGGAGGUGCCCAAUCCCUCCUACAAGAGCACCUUUGCUUCUCAAGAGACACAACUACAGAAGGUGCAUUUACCUGGCCAUGUCCUGACCCCAACCCCAGCCUCUGUGGGAGGGAAGAGACCACCAGGUGUAGUCUCAGAGGAGUGACAUCUGUACCAAAGCCCUCAGACACUGUUCCUGCCCAGGUCACAGUCCAGCACAGCCUCUUGUAGGAUGCAGGUGUGAGGUUGCACAAGGAUCCCAAGAGAGUUGCUGAGGUCCCUCAGAUGCAGCCUCUGACACAGGAAGCACACAGGCAGUGGAGAGCACGUGCCUUGCUUCCCAUCACCACAUUCCUGCAGGAACUUUGCCUUUUGAGUUUUGCCUCAAGUUGUGCCCAAGAAGAGGCUGCAGACAGGGAUAGAGGAUAUCUUGAGCAGGAUUAUGUAUGGAAACUAGACCUCCAUGAGGUCACCAUGGAUUAAUAGGUUUGUCCUUACGGAAACAAGUGAGCCAAAUCCCACCAGUGACCAUCAAGCAAGAGGAAACAACCAAAGAGGUGCAAGAUCAAGCCUGUCUGGACACCCUCAUGUUGAUGAGCCUCUGGAUGCUCCCAAGCAAAGGUGCCCCAUGCCCUGCAGCAAUAUGAUGUUCCCUGGAGAUCCUGCAGAGGGGAUGCUCACAGACCCCUUCAGCCAUCCACCCCAAGCAGGCUUAUCCAGCUUGGAUUGCACAGAGCAUGGCUGUGCAGAGGGAAGCAGAGGGGAGAAGCAUUGACCCUCAGCCCCUGCACCAGAGAGGAUUUGAUCCCUGCAAGCUUUCACAUGGCUCUCAGGCAGCCCCAGACUCCCAGGGUACCUGCCAGCCCAGGCAGAGAGCUGGAGCCCAGGAUGGGUGGAGAACAUGAGAGCCCCACAGCAAACUUGUGGUUUUGAUGAGGUGGACGGGGAGAGGCAGCGCCUGCCUGUGCCAGGGUGAGGGGAAUGGCUGCCUCCCUGCUGGCAACAGGGAAGGAGGGAGCUGGGCCCCUCUGUCCCUCCAGAGAGCCAAGGCCCAGGCUGGAAGUGACUUAUCUACCCCUUAUGCCCUUCCUGAGCCCCAUGGGUUAAGGGAAAGCACCCAUGGCCACGGUCCUCUCCUCCAGGGCCAGCAGGUACAUGGGACACCUGGUCCUGCAGACUGCUUGUGACACAGCUUGAGCCACUGGCCCUUGUGUACCACAUCCCAGACACUCCCAGACACCCUUCUCCACCUCCACACCACCCUGGGAGUCUGUGCCCAAAGAGGAGAAGCACACAGUCCCUGCCAGACUGCCUGGGACCCGUCACACGAGGGCAUGGCUGAUGCUGUGCAGGAUGCUGGGGUGAGCCUUGAAGGGGAAGGAUGUGGCCAAAGGACCUCCAUUGUGGAGAGCAGCCUCCCUGUUGUCUUAUGCUGUCUACCAGCCAGCAAGAAGCAGACCCAGUGACCUCUUUCCCACUGGUACUGGAAGCCAGCUGACUUCCUGGCAGGGCUGUCCUGUUGCUGCUCAUCCUGGCAGAGCACACUCCCAGCACGGGGGUUAAUGACUUUGCUUCCCCUCAUCACAUUUGCUGCUCCAGACACCACUUAACACAUCGAUGUCUGUCAUGUGCCAUCUUCAGACUGGCCCCCUGUGCCCCACAAGCCAGCAAAGGAGGGAGCUGGGGGCUGCCAUAGCCCCAGCCCAGCAUGGAUGGAGCCGUGGUGCAUCGGAGAGGACAAGGUCCCUGCCACGUAGGAGCGACCCAGCCAUCGCAGAGUCUUAGCAGCGCUGACCUGGAGAUAUCAGGAUCACCAAGAGCUCAGCAAUCACAACCAUCUCUGCCCUCAGCUUUGUCAAGAGGCAAAAUCAGGACAUAAGAAAGGAAAAAAAAGAGAACACCAACAGCCAAGGGUGAAACCGAGGAGUGAGGCAGGGACACUGGCAUGGGUGGACAGCCCGCCCAAGGCUCUGUGUGACGUGGCAGGGGUGACGGUGCCACUCACCCUCUCAGAGGCUGGGCACUCCCUGGGGCAGGCACAGGGCACUGGUGGGAAGGUCUGACGGGAUCUCCAUCCCAGUGCCCCCGCCAGGGAGGGGCCUGUGACCACAGCACACAAUCCAGGCUCCGGGUGUUUGCUUUCCAGUCUCCCGGGCGGAUGAUAACCACCCGCUCCCCAGCCAAGGCUCCAGCUCACCAUGCUGAAAUUCAGAAGGUAUUUGAUCACGAAGCUGAGCGCAAUCUACAGGUGCCAGCCAGGUCGGCUCUGGAUCUCCUUCAGCCUCCUCAUCCUCCUCCUGGUCACACUUCAGGUUGUGGAGAAGCUGCAGCCUCCUGGGAGCUGCCAGUGUGAGCUGGAGCGUGGCCUGCAGCAGACCACGGGCCACGGGCUCGGCUCUGCCCUCCACAGCCCUGACCUGCUGUGGGAGGCUGACUCCCCUCAAGGGCAGAGGGAAGCCAAGCCAGCCCCUGCUUCGACUGAGGAUGCUUUCAGGAUGCAUCUGUACUUCAGACCAGAGACCCCUCUGGAAAGCAGCCCAGAGAAGUACUGGACGCAGCAGCCUGAAGAGAGCAGCGGGAAGAUGAAAGCCCAUCUGGCACCCACGGCGCUGAAACCCCAGCUUCCUGGCCUGGAAAAAGCAGCCAGAGAAAGCCCUUCUCCAAGCCUUUCCGGGAGAGUGACCACAGUUUUGGCAGAAGCUGUCACCAGCAAGUUCAUCAUCUUUGCAAACAGGCUGAGCACAGAGAAGCAGAGGGAAAUGUCCCCACCUGGAAUGGUGCAGGUGGAGGUACAGAGCCAGACUCAGCCUCGAGCUGUGGGUUCUCCCCACCCUGAGGGGGGCACCUCAUUUACACAGCCCAUCCCAAACUCAGCUCAACAUCUGCAGGCAGGGGGUUCUUACAAAACAGACCUGGGGACAGGAUUUUUCCCAAGCUGGACAGAAGCCUUUAAGAGCAAGGAGGUAACAGCUGGAGAGGGUCAGCAGGCCAGAGGGGUCACCUCUCAAGGGAAGACGUGCAAGCCCAAGACUGACAUUGUUUUCCUGAAAGUCCACAAGAGUGCCAGCAGCACCGUCAUGAACAUUCUGUUCCGCUUUGGGGAGACGCACAACCUCACCUUCGCCUUCCCCCAGGGCGGGGGCUUCCAGCUCUACUACCCACACCACUUCCUGGCCAGGUUCGUGCAGGGCUUCUCCCCACUCAGCCCCCGGCGCUUCAACAUCCUCUGCCACCACAUGCGAUUCCUGCUGCCGGAGGUGCAGAAGGUGGUGCCCAGCUCUGCUGUCUACUUCUCCAUCCUGAGGAACCCGGUGCAGCUGAUGGAGUCCUCCUUCGUGUACUACAAGGGAGCGUCGGCCUUCUCGCGCGUCCGCAGCCUGGAGGAGUUCCUCAGCCAGCCCCACCGCUACUACGACCCCACCAGCGGCGACCGCCACUACUCCAGGAACCUCAUGACCUUCGAUUUCGGCUUCAACCCCGACGGAGAGGUGUCCCCUGAGCGAGUGCAGCUCAUGCUGAAGGCCAUCGAGGCGUCCUUCAACUUUCUGCUCAUCUCCGAGUACUUUGACGAGUCCAUGGUGCUGCUGAAGGAGAUGCUGUGCUGGGACCUGGACAGCGUCGUCUCCUUCCCGCUCAACAUCAGGGACAGCAGCACCAAGUCCCCCCUCCCGGACUCCGUCGUGGAGAAGCUAAAGGCCUGGAACAGGCUGGACUGGGAAAUCUACAGCCACUUUAACAGGACCUUCUGGGAGAGGAUCGACCGGGACAUCGGCCGGGAGCGCCUGCGGCGGGAGGUGAGGGCGCUGCGGGAGCGGCAGGCGGAGCUGGCCCGGACCUGUCUGCAGGGCACGGGCAGCGUGGCCCCCAAGGACAUCAAGGACUCUUCCCUGCGGCCGCUGCAGCACGGCGGGGCCAGGAUCCUGGGCUAUAACCUCAAGCAGGGCUUGGACGGGGAGCUGGAGCGGACCUGCCGGCGGCUGGUGACGCCGGAGCUGGAAAUCACCCCCAGUGAGCAGCUGAAGCCUCAGCACAGCCCGGGCUUUGGGCAGCCCAAAUCCUGA